GGGACUUUCGGGCGUAUCAGUGGUGACUUGGGCAACCAACAUCACCAAUAUGGAGUUACCACCUGGAAUCAUGAAGAGACAUGAAGACCUGUCGCCUUUGAAAAGGAUCAUCGCCCCGACACAAGCAACCUGUCGUCAACAUACUCGCCGCGGAACGCCCAUACCCUAGGGUACAAAAAGAUGCAGCUCCCCCUUCGAUAGCGAAUUCCAAGCCUCCCAAGCCAACCUGAAAUUCACACUUGUUGGUCUUUAUUUCAUAUCCUCAACAUGUAUUCCAAGAUUGCCUCCUUUGGACUUCUCCUCGCCGGCACGGGUGUUGGCGCCACUUAUACACUCAUUGCGGUUCCUACGGGAACUGGCGUUGUCGGCCCUCCUUAUUCCACUGGCACCCCAUCCACCCAACCACUCCCUGAGGAACCUCUUCAAGUCACAGUGGACAACUGCAUUACCUUCAGAAAUGCAGGCAUCUCUCUAACCUGCGCAGACACUCCGGAUUCUCUGCGGCCAGGCAACGCUACCACAAACGGCUACGUCACGAGGAGGAAGCGAACAAACUACAGCGAUAACUAUGGACCGGGCCAAUCCCCUCCGCCAGUGGGAGGAAAACGACCCUUGUGCUACAAAUUUAUCUUGGGCUACCACGACGCGAACGGCCCUGUGGCACCCCAACAAUUUCCGUGCUAUGCGGAUGAAUCCCAGACGCCUAUUCCCCCCGAGUCAGAGCUUCCUGCUCCUCCAGCAGGAACAGGUACACCGCCAACACCGAUUCCAGAAGUUCCUCCUCCCCCAGCAGGGACGGGUACAGCCCCAACUCCCAUUGUCGAAGUCCCUCCUGAGAAUCCGGAGGCUCCUCCUGAGGCUCCAGAAGUUCCUCCUCCCCCAGCAGGGACGGGUACAGUCCCCACACCCCCUGUGGACGGGGAAGUCCCUCCUGAGGCUCCAGAAGUCCCCCCUGAGGCUCCGGAAGUUCCCCCUGAGCAGAAUCCAGCAGGUGCUCCCGAGCCAACUGAGGGUUAUGCAACAGCAACGCCGCCGCAACCGAGCGCCCAACCCGAAGGUUACAAUCCCAACCUACGAUAGUAGAACUCUUUCUUUGCUAGUAGAAACGGGCGCCGAUGUACGGCAGAGCCGUCCACUCAUUUACUUCCAGCACUACUCCAUACUCUCGAAUCUUCAAACAGAGCUGCUU